AUGAACUCUCCUCUGCAAGAGGUACUGUCGCAAGGAGGUGUGAAUACAUCUGCCGCUACUACAAAUGAAGAGUUGCUGUCUACGUUAGAGUCCUGGCUGGGUCUCCCAGAAAGUAAAAAGUGGGAAGGUGAUACAAUGGAGGAUGUCGCCCCGUUGGAUCCCUCCUUUUACCAAGCAUUGGAGCGAUGGUUAAUCUCAGAGUGGCAACCGCAAAGCGACUCGGACAUUGCAUUGAAGCAUUCCAACGCAUUGCUGGAAAUGGAGUGUGAACCACAUGACAUGUCAAUCUACGACGCCUUUCCAGUGGUGCGAGUGACUCGUGUUUUACGUUUGUGGCUGGAAUUGAAUUGUACAGGGGGUUCCAUGAUGGCGGUGGAUGGCGGAAAGCAAGGGGUCACCACUCCACUCUUGGAACAUUGUAAUGCCCUUGAGAAUGGAGGUGGUGGAAAAUACAAUAUCUAUCCUUUGAUUGCAGCACUCUUUCAUCACCUCGAACAAUUGCCAAACAUGCGAUUCCAAAUCAACUUUUACACACAAGCACUGAUGCGAGGAGAGAAAAAGAGUACAAAGCUGCAAAUGAUGGACACCAAAUCCAGAAUUCACCAACAUCAAGAAGCAACACAGGUGGCUGCUACGCUGAAUGACGAAUGGUCCGAGCAUAUUGAUGCACUGGAAUGUAUUUUGGGAGAAUGGUACGCCCUUGCCAAUGCGGACAUGCGGCGGCAAUGUCGGUCACGGCUUGGUGUCAUUUGGAGCAAUUUUGAAUCUCGAACCGAAACGGCAGUGUCAGGAGUGAAAAUGGAGAACACUUCCUCCACUGGUAUCAAAAUGACACUGAAAGUCUUGCAUCGCAUUCUCCAAGGCGUGGCGACUCCUUUGCAAAAAUCACAUGAGUUACUUCUCAACCAUCAUUUGAUACCUCUGCAUCGACCCAAUUCCAUGGUCUUGUGGCGAGAUCAGACCAGCCUUCUCGAGUUGUAUCACGAACCGCUGGUACAGUGCAUAGCCACUCUGUUGCAAAAGAAACCAGAGUGGAUCCCCAAUACCGUUGUAUCCUUGCUGGAGCCGGACAUUUGGACCAAGGCUGGAAAUACUCCAAAACUGGUGCUAUUGUUGCACGAGAUUGAUGCCUACAUUGGAGUUUUGCCCGAGCCAUUGACAACAAAAUCAUUUCCUUCUGCCACUGCGGCUAGGCUGUGCUACUCCCUAGGGGAAUGUAUUUCGUCGGACCAUUCACGACUUUCAGAACGAGCUCUAUCCUUCAUGAAGAAUGCCAAGUUUGGAGCUCUGAUCAAAUUGUACUAUGAGCUAAGUUUGAAGAUUCUAUUGCCGCAUUUGGUCAAGUCAGAGCUUCCUUGGAAUCCUACGGUUCGGAAAAUGGCGUAUGUGUUUUUGAAAAAGUGCCAAGACAUUGACGAAGAGAGGUUUCUGAAUUGCAGUCUCAAGUGCUUUCCAAAUGGAGAGUCGUUUGGUCCAGACAAAACUUCGUUGCCGGCACCCCGUCCAACGGGAAAAGGAACUCUCAAGUUGGGCAGUGCAGAGCCAGAGAAUGAAGUUCCCAAGGAUUUUACAAUCAAGUCAGCAAUGGGACAGUGGAAGCCACCGCCAACUGGGUCCAAAGCUCCAAAGGGUGGUGGAUAUCAAACUGCAAUGCCCCCGCCUAGUAGCAGAGUUCCAAGACCAGGUGGUGGUGCUCCACCGCUUGGAGUCACUGGAGUUGCCCCGUGGGCCAUGAAACCACCAGGCGCUUCGGCCACCAAGAACCCACCGCUCAGUGUGACGGGUGUCGCUCCGUGGGCAAUGAAAAAGAGUUCUGCGGCAGCUUUGAAGCCUCCGACAAACGGGGGGGCGCUUCCUGGUGUGUCUGAACCACCGCCAGCUGUCAAGGAUAAGAUGGAGAAACCUGCGAAAUCACGAGUUCAAUCCUACAUGGACAAGAUCAAGCCGGCGGAAGAAGAAGAAGGAGUAUCAGUGUGGGCGAAGGAACAAAUGGCGGAAUCACCGACGCUUCUACCAGAUCUGAAGUUCCACGACCUAGUUUUCGGUCAUGAUUUGGGGGAGGGAGCGUUCGGCAAAGUUCGGUACGCCAGGCUGAUUGAUCGCAACAAGACCCGAUCGCACUGGAAAGAGUACGCUGUCAAGGUGAUAUCUACCGAAAAGAUCAAGGAAAUGGGAUAUGAGACAUCUGUCCAACGAGAAGUGGCUGUUCUACGAAUGGUUUCGCAUCCUGGUAUUGCUCGAUUGGUCUCCUCGUUCCGAUUUCAGGAUGGAGUGUAUCUUGUAUUGGAGUAUGCCAGUAGUGGUGAUCUUCAUUCUGUAAUUCGCAAGAAUGGUUCCCUUGACCACGAUUCGACUCGAUUUGUCAUGGGAGAAAUCGUUGCAGCGCUGGCAAGUGUACACGAGAUGGGUCUAGUGUUUGCUGAUUUGAAACCAGAGAACAUUGUCUUGACUGAGGAAGGGCAUGCCAAACUUACAGACUUUGGAGGGUGCCGAGCAACAUCGGAUACGGCAAGAAAGAUGAUCCAAGAUGCUUCCGCGAAUCUCCUAAACACCCUCCGCGAUGGCAAUUGGAAGGACGCUCCCAAACAAAAGAAGAACGAUUUCGAUAUGGAUGAUGACGACGAAGACGUGGGAUGGGGGGAAGAAGCAGGACAACAAGAGGAGAAAAAAGAUGACUUGAGGAUCGAAGGUACAACUACAUAUUUGCCUCCAGAGGUUGUUAUGGGUGGAUUCCCUACCCCUUCUGCCGACUCAUGGGCUCUUGGGUGCGUUAUAUACCAGUGCUUAUCGGGUCGACCACCGGUUGUUGAGAAUGAUGAGAGCGCCACAAGAAACCGUAUUGUAUCAUUCAGUGUGGAGGAAGAAGGGAACGAUCAAGAGUCGCGGCUUUUCUCCGAGAGUUAUGCACUUGAAAUUUCUUCAGAUGCACGUGCAUUGAUUAUGGAUCUGCUUCACAAAAACGAUGGCGAGCGACCAAGCAUGAUGAAGGUUGCCCAGCAUGAAUUCUUCACAAAAUAUGGUACUGAUGUAUUUGGCUUGUACCGACAGCCUGCUCCUCAGCUUGAUGUUGGCAAUGUUGCGCCACAAGAAGAUGCGAAAUGGGCUCGUCGCCAGUUCAGUUCAAUAUGGGCACCACAGCCCCAAGCAUAUGACGUCUCAUUGAAUUCGGCAGGCAUGAAGAAAAGGUUCAGAUUUGCGUUGGGAUCAGGAAUAAUUGAUGAAGGAGACGAAGCCACGGCUUUCUUUUCUGCAGCGAAGACAUCUGCAGCUGCAGGAGUUUUUGCACCAAUGACAUCGCUGAAGCGACCCAUCGAGGAGUAA